AUGUCGGAGCGCAAAGUCCUCACCAAGUACUACCCAGCCGACUUCGACCCGAGCGCGCUCACGCGGCGGCGGCGGGGGCCGAAGCAGGAAGGACCCAAGGUGCAGACGGUGCGGCUGAUGGCGCCGUUCAGCAUGAAGUGCACGACGUGCGGCGAGUACAUCUACCGGGGGCGCAAGUUCAACGCGCGCAAGGAGACGCCCGAGGAGAAGUACCUGGGCAUCCAGAUCUACCGCUUCUACAUCAAGUGCACGCGGUGCUCGGGCGAGAUCCGCUUCCGCACCGACCCGGCCAACCAGGACUACGUGUGCGAGACGGGCGCGCACCGAAACACGGAUCCCUGGAAGAGGGGCGCCGGCGGCGACGCCGUGGCGCCCGACGAGACGGACGAGGAGAGGCUCGAUCGCCUCGAGCACGAGGAGGAGGAGCGCAACGCCAUGGUCGAGCUCGAGGCCAAGACGGUCGACGCCAAGCGCGAGAUGGCCGUCGCGGACGCGCUCGAUGAGAUCCGGACCCGGAACGCCAGGAUAGCGCGCGCCGACCGCGAUGGCAUCGAGGUCGUGGUGGCGCAGGCGGUCGACGAGGAGCGCGAAAGGCAGGAGCGAGAGGAUGAAGAGGCCGCCAGGCGGGCGUUUGCCUUUGCGCGGAGCCAGGCCGCGCUGGAGGAGGAAAUCAUAGACGAAGACGGUGGUGCGGAUGGGAACAACGGCUCGGCGGCAAGUUCUACGGCUGGACCGAGCGCGGCGGCAGCAGUAACGCCCGUCGGCGACUCCGAGAUAAAACCGCCGGCGGCAUCGGUGAGCAGCACAAGCACAGAUAUGCCCCCACCGCCUGUUCCGACCAGCUUCAAAAGACAGGUCAAGAAGAAGACGGACCGCGCAGCUUUGCUUGGCAUAAAGAAGAAGACCUGA